AAAUCCGGCAAAUAAGUGCGCACUGAUGUCAUUAUAAAAUCACCUGACUGCCUGACAUCGCUGAGACUUCUCUACAUCAUGUCAGCGUCUGUCUUCACCCUGCUGGUCCUCUCCGUGUCUCUGUGGACCGGAGACUCCAGGUUCAUCACAGAUCCUUUGUCAUUCAUUAAACAGAAAUCUCUGACGCUAGAUAUGUGUUCAGAGUGCAGCCAGGUCAUCCAUCUGUCCGCCAACAUGAUUUCCAGCAGAACUACCAAGGAGAAUCUCUAUGAAACCUUACAUGCUCUGUGCCAACGCCUCCCAAGAGAGCAGGCAUCAGAGUGUGAGUCACAGGUGAAGAUGUAUUUGCCCAAAGUCCUGCAGCAAACACCUGGCCACCUGAAACCAGCAAAGACCUGUAUGGUUUUUGGACUGUGUGCUGCCCACAAGGAGGAGGAAGUGCUCAAACUCCCUAACCAUGACACCAACAAAGACACAUCCAGCUCUGCUAUCGGCAAAGCCUCCGACAUCUCUAAACUGUUCAACCCAGCUUGCACGCUGUGUAUCUUUCUCGUGAAGAAACUGGAGACCCUGUUGCCUAAAAAUAUGACUGAGGAUGCUUUGGAAAAGCUCAUGGCUGAGUUCUGUGAUCUCGUACCACACAGCUACAAGGACCAAUGUGACGAUUUUGUUGAGAAAUAUGGAGUGCUGAUAGUGGAAUUCCUCCUAUCGUCCGCUGCCCCUCACACCAUAUGUACUCUUUUGCAUGUGUGUUUGUUCGAGGAGCAGCCCGUUUCAGAGUUGCCCCCCCCCUCUGAUUGCGAGUCGUGCCGCACGCUGGCGGUGCUCAGCCGACUUCACCUGGGACUCAACUCCACCGAACAUCUGGCUUCCUCUUUCCUCCAGUCUGUGUGUGUCCAUCACCCUAAUGCCAUCCCGAAGUGUGAGUCCUUCACCAAAAUCUACGGCUCUCAACUGCAGGAGGUUUUGGGAAACCAGAUGGAUGUUCCACAUGCUUGUGAAAGAGCCGAUCUGUGUGUUGCUUCAAAGAAGUUGGAGCCGCUGGGAAAUAAUCGUUGUACCUGGGGACCGACGUACUGGUGCAAGGACAUUCAGACUGCUCAAAAGUGUGGGAACCAGGCGUACUGUGAGAAGUUCAUGUGGAAGGAGUGAACCAAACUGCCAACUGUGUGCACACAGAUCUGCUUUCUGUUUACAAGUAUAUUGCACUGAUCAUCUCUUAAACAUUUAUUAAUGUAAUGCGCCAAACUUAUUUUUUUACUUUUGCUGAGAAAUCAUCCAUCUCACAUUGCUUCAGUCAAUGAGCCAUAUAUUCAACAAGGCUGGGAUUCAGUCUGAACAUCAGUUUCUGCAGUGGUGAACGGUUUGGUGAACAGUACUAUUCUGCAUUUUAAAUAUGUCAUUAUGAAUGUGUUAACUGCAAAUAUAAAGUUCCUUACAUAGAAUAAGCUCUCAUUAUGUAUUAGACGAUUUUAGAACAAAACUGCUUUUUCUGUUAUCUUAAUGCUGUUCUCUGAUGCUUGGUGCUAAUAACUGCAUAUCAAUGACAAAGUCCUCAAAUUAAUUCAAAAUCCAACGGUUUGUCAUUAAAAUUCAACACACACAAA